AUUUGUCCUGCAGCUGAUUCCUGCCACCUUUAUGAAGCUUUACCUCCGGGACGAGCAGGCGGCGAGCACGGGACCUGACGUCACGCAGGUGAGCUGACGUCACGCAGGUGCGCAGCCCCGAGGAAGAAAGCUGAGGACCCGAGACAUGGGAACUGUCUGAAUAUAAAUCCUGCAGGUUCUGCUGACGCCAUCCCACGCGUUUCUGGGUUUUAAAACACUUUUCAAGUUUAAGUCCGAACAGUAAAGUGAAUAAAACGAGCCGAGGACGAGCGACAUGGAGUCUGCAGGUGUCCCGCGGGGGCGGGGCCAGCGGCGCUCACCUCUGGACGUCAUCAUGAACCAGAUCCGCAGGAAACGCUCCGCCGCAGACAGGAAGCCGCUGGGACGCUUCCUGUCCCGGACCCUGGACCGGACGGGGGUCCCGGAGGAGGGAGAGGAGGGCAAGGAGGAGGCGGGGCCGAGCAUCGACGCCGCGGUGGAGAGCGGGCGUGAUGGGCGUGACCCCGGUGACCCCGACGACCCCGGCUGGGGACGAGUCAGCGCCUUCCUGCAGAAGCUCGGGAAGACGGCCGACAGCCGGAGCCUCAGCGUGGCGCACGGCGACCUGACGGCAACGGACCUGCUGGAGCUCGCGGCGCUGCUGCACCUGCUGCCGGGGCUGGAGGAGCUGGACGUGUCCUGGAACCCGCUGGUGGGCGGGAGUCUGGCGGCCGUGACCUCACACCUGCCCCAGGUGGGCGGGGCCCGGGCGCUGAGGCUGGCCGGCUGCCGGCUGGACGGCGAGGACGUGGGGGCGCUGGGCGCCGCCCUGGCCGGCCUCCCCCUGCUGGAGGUGCUGGACCUGUCCUGGAACGGCGGGGGGGGGGCCCUGCAGGGGCUGCUGGGAACGCUGCCCCCCUCCCUGAGGGAGCUGCACCUGGUGGCCUGUCAGCUGACCCACGCCGACGCCACGGCCCUCGGAGGCGUGGUGGCGGCUCUUCCCCGGCUCAGCGUUCUGGACGUUUCCUGCAACCCCGACCUGGGGGGGGACGUGGGCGGCGGCUUCAGGGAGCUGGCGGCGGCGCUUUCUCACGCCUCCUCGCUCGCCACGCUGCGCCUGCAGGGCUGCGGCCUGACGGGGGAGCACCUGGACGCCCUCGGCGUCCCGCUGCGCUGCCUCCCCCAGCUGAGGGAGCUGGACGUUUCCUGCAACCGUCUGGCCGGAGGACUGGAGCGCCUCAGCCCUCACCUGGCUCACCUCUCACACCUGGAGAGCCUGGACCUGCACCUGUGCUGCCUCACGCGGCCCGACCUGGACGCCCUGGUGCAGGUGCUGCCGUCCCUGGCGGCGCUGACGGAGCUGGACGUGUCGUCCAAUCAGGCGGUGGGGGCCGUGGUCCACGCGCUGGUCUCCGCCCUCCCGCUGACGCAGAUGAGGAAGCUGCCGCUGAACCGCUGCAGCCUGGACCGGGACUCCUACACCGCCCUGGCCCUGGCAGGGCCCCACCUGCCCCGUCUGGACGUGUCCUGGAGUAAGGUGGUGGGGGGUCGUCUGCCGCUGCUGCUGGACGCCCUGCAGCCCUCGGGGGUGGUGGAGCUCCGGCUCAGCAGCUGCCAGCUCGCCAGCACCGACCUGCUUCACCUGGCGGGCGUGUGCCGGCGGGGCGGCCUGUCCUCCCUGCGGGUGCUGGACUUGUCCUACAACGGCUCGGUGGGAGACGACGGCUGGGCCGGCCUCUUCUCCGCCGGAGGCCUGGGCUCGCUGGAGGACCUGGACCUGAGUCUCAGGCCCGCCGGGCCCGCGUCCUGCUCCGCCUGGCUGCCGGCGCUGAUCCGGGCCCUGCCCCGCAUGGGGGCGCUGGCCCGGCUGGCCCUGCAGCGCUGGAGCCUGGAUCCCCGGGAGAGACGGCAGCUGGGAUCCUGGCUGAGGAGCAGGAGCAUCCGGCUGGAGCUGGAGCUGGAGCUGGAGCUGGAGCUGGACCAGGACCUGGACCUGGACCAGGACCAGGACCUGGACCUGGACCUGGACCUGGACCAGGACCAGGACCCGGACCCGGACCUGGGGGACCCGGGUCCUCCAGGUCUGGACACGGCCCGUCCGGAGGAGGCUCAGCCUGAGGAAGAUUAAUGAUCAAAACUGAUUCAGCGAAGCAGCAAAGUUUCUCACAAACGUCACUAGAAGGUUGAAAUGUCAUUUUUUAAAGGAGACCUAUUAUGAAAAACAGGUUUUCUCUUGCUUUAACAUGUAUAAAGUGGUCUCCCCUCAGCCGGCCAACUCAGAGAAGGAGGAAAGCAACCAGAUUCUGCAGUGUCUGUACAGCCGCCCGGAUGAGCCGUCCAGUGUGAUGUGGAUCUACGAGCCGUGUCCGUCGAGCAGUGUGGACACACCGUGUCCACACUGCAUGCGACGUGAGCAAGCGUCAGCGUCAGCGUCAAAAACAGUUCCAUUGCUUUAUUUUGUUAUUGCACUGUCUAUACUGGUUGCGAGCGACGCGGCACGACGAUUUGAGUUGGACUUUUGUCGCACGCCCUGGUUCUAUUUUCUUCCCGUCGGUCGCGUUGAAAGCCGGUUGAAAGUUGAAAAAAAAAGUUGAAAGCGCUGUAGGAAACAGUCAUUUCUAUACAAGAACUUCAAUAAAGUGGCAGCUGCUGGAGGGAGAUCGCCAAGGAGCUGGAAGGUUCUGAUAAGAUAAUAAGAUAUAAUAAGAAUCUUAUCUUAAUCUUAUUAGGGCUUAAUUUGUGUCUGAUCUGGUACAUAUUUGAUCAUUUCUCGUGUCCUCUGCUUUUCCCCCACAUCCCAGUAAUGAUCUGACAUGCUGAUAUGUUUGCUGCGUUAACACCACACGCCGCUCACUCCAGCUGUUUGAUUGCGUCACCGUUCGUUUUUUUCCCCACUUAUUCCACCGAAUAAUAAGCUUGUUUUCUGUUCAGAAAGUACAAACGUAGUAAGAUUACAAGUAAUCACCCAUCUUUUACUUGUCCCUUUACUCUUUUAGGAGUUAUUUUAGGAGUUUCUUUCAGGAGCGCACGGGCGGGUGAAUAAAGGCGGAUUUAUGGUUCCGCGUAAAAUCGACGGCGUAGGGUACGCGGCGACGCGCACCGUUCGGUGAGUGCGCCGCGUACCCUACGCCGUAAGUUCUGCGUUGGUGUAACGCGGAACCAUAAAUCAGCCUUUUAAAAGGCGAGUCUCAGCUGUCAAUCAAAAGAACGUGGGGCCGAUAACGCGUUCAGUGUGGACAGAGAGCGUCCGAUGUCACGCAGUGCAACGCGACAGUCGGACGCUCUCAUGCAGUUAGGAC